CAACCCCGAUUCACUCUCUCCUCCACUGUACGGACUUUAUAUUUCUAGAGAGAGAGAAUAUAAAUUCUCUGUCCCCCCAAUGAAUACACACACCGCAGUAUACAGAUAGGGAUACAGAGACAAGUUUUUCUGGUUUGUAGAGAGAGAGAGAGUGGACGAAGCUUCUUUUAGAGAGAGAAACUCAAGACUGGAGAAUUAGGGUUUUUUUGGCUCUGCUGAAUCCGUGCUGUAUGUGUUGACGGACCUUUUUGAUUCCGAGUUUUUGAGGAAGGAGGAGGGAACUUCGAGGAUCCUUAGUCUUUCUACGCCUCAGAUCUGAACGCCAGAUUGAAGGUCGCUUUGGUCUUCAGUAGGCAAAUGGCUCUUUCGAUGUAGAAAUUUGGAUACGUUCACUUUCUCUCUUCCUGUGUUCUGCCAUCAACUGUUUUGCGAUAUCAGUGAUUAUUUUUGACCCAAAUGGCCGUGGUACCUCUACGAAGCCCACUUGUUGGGGAAUACCCAGGAAACAAGAGGAUGGAAGCCAAACCUACUACUGGAAGGAGACGUGUAUUUGUGCAAACUGAUUCUGGCUGUGUUCUGGGUAUGGAGUUGGAUCGCAGUGACAACGCACAUACUGUGAAAAGGAGAUUGCAGAUCGCUCUCAAUUUUCCGAUUGAGGAGAGUUCCUUGACUUUCGGUGAUAUGGUCUUGAAGAAUGACCUCAGUGCGAUUCGGAAUGAUUCUCCUCUUCUUCUGACUAGGAACACUUUGCAUAGAAGCUCAUCAACACCCUGUCUUUCUCCCACUGGGAGGGAUAUCCAGCAGAAGGAUUGGAGUGGCCCUAUUGAGAUAUUGGGGAAGUCUACAAGCUUUGCCAAGACCAAACAAACUGUCAAGGAAAUUGUUAAGGCAAUGAAGGCAGGAGUUGAACCCCUUCCUGUCCAUGGUGGACUUGGAGGGGCUUAUUAUUUUAGAAACAGCAGAGGCGAGAGUGUUGCCAUUGUGAAGCCAACAGAUGAAGAACCAUAUGCACCCAACAAUCCAAAAGGAUUUGUUGGCAAGGGUCUAGGCCAACCGGGUUUGAAAAGGUCUGUUAGGGUUGGCGAAACGGGUUUCAGAGAGGUUGCUGCGUAUCUUCUUGACUAUGAUCAUUUUGCUAAUGUGCCGCCAACCGCAUUGGUGAAAAUCACACAUUCAAUAUUUAAUGUGAACGAUGGUGUGAACGGAAACAAGCUUAACAACACCAACAACAAUGACAACAACAACAAGCGUUUUGUUAGCAAGAUUGCAUCUUUUCAGCAGUUCAUCCCUCAUGAUUUUGAUGCCAGCGACCACGGAACCUCAAGUUUCCCCGUUUCUGCUGUGCAUCGGAUUGGGAUAUUAGAUGUUAGGAUUUUUAACACAGAUAGACAUGCGGGGAAUCUUCUAGUCAGGAAAGUUGAUGGUAUGGGUGGGUUUGGUCAGGUAGAUCUCAUUCCCAUUGACCAUGGCCUCUGUUUGCCUGAAAACCUGGAGGAUCCUUAUUUUGAGUGGAUUCAUUGGCCACAGGCUUCCAUUCCAUUCUCUGACGAUGAGCUUGAUUAUAUAGAUAGACUUGACCCUAUAAGAGACUCUGAGAUGCUUCGAUCUGAGCUACCCAUGAUCCGUGAAGCUUGUCUUCGCAUCUUGACCCUCUGCACCAUUUUCCUCAAGGAAGCUGCUUCUUAUGGACUAUGCCUUGCUGAGAUUGGUGAAAUGAUGAGCAGAGAAUUCCGUAGCGGAGAAGAGGAACCGAGUGAACUUGAAUUCAUCUGCAUUGAGGCCAAAAGGCUUGUUUCUGAUAAAGAAUUCCCAUUGCUUACCGCCGGAGUGGGUGAUGACGAGUUUCAGUUUGAUAUAGAUUGUGAAGACAGCUCCGGAUUCGAUUUCAGUCCAAAGAUGGCCUUCACUGAUUUCACUUCCAAGAAUCCGUUUCACACUUCACUGUCAAAACUGGAAGAAAGCAUGGAGGAGGAGGAAGAAGAGAGCACCGACGAAGAGGGUAAUAAGAUCCCUCCCCAUCUUCUCAGGUCUUCUUCUACUACCAAGAACGCGGCCGUUUCAAAGCUCUCCAUGUCUCUCAAGAAAACCAGUCUCCUAGGAACGAAACAGGAAAGCUCAUCAUCGUCCUCUGGCCACCACCGCAGUGCAAACGAGCAGCUUCCAGCGAGCGCCAAUUUUGUCAAGCUGUCCGACAUGAACGAGGAAGAGUGGGGCCUGUUUCUAGAGAAGUUUCUAGAGCUGCUCCCUCCGGCCUUUGGGAAGCGGAAGUCUGUGGCGCUCGGUCGGGGGCAGUGGCAGAGGCUUGGUACUUCAUGCCAGUUUUGAAGGCGUUUUUUUUACCGUCUCUUUUUACCAUCAGAGGAUGGGAAUAACGAGGACGGACUUCUCCAACUUGUGAAGGUGAAAGAAGGAUGUGUUUUUCCCAUUUCCCCCCUGGAGAUGAAGAAGACUCAAGGAGUGGUGGUAGUGUUUUAGUAGGGUUUUGUAAAUAUUGGUGGAGGGGGUAGUGGUUUGGUGAGAGAGCCGUUUAUUUCUUACACUUUUCAUUUCUUUCCUUUGGCUUUGUUACCGAGAACUGCCGAGACAUGUUGGAUAAAUAAUAUGGACAAGUCUAAAAAAAGGUUAUGUAGAUAU